AUAGUGCCAAUUCAAUCAAUGCUUCAUUUAUUAAAGAGAAAGCACUUGAAAUACAAAGAUCACAACGCUUCUAUGGCCAACACCAGUUCAUUUAUCCAUGGAUUGUAUUCUCAUGUAAUGGAUCAGUUACUAAAUGGAUCUUUGGAGCUGACAAUAAAGGAAACACUGCUAUUCAAUCUGAGCUCCAAAUAUGGCGUCAACUGGGUACCAAUAAUUACAAUAAAACAGGAUCUAGUUUAGUUAAUGCUAAUACAAUGAUUGGUACUAAUCUCUAUGAGUUUAUUCCUCAGACUCCACUGCAGUUCCAGGAAGGAGACAUAUUUGGUGUUUAUAGUGAUAGAACUGGUGGAGAGAGAUUAGUUCUAUAUGAACAGAGAGAGAGUGGACCAACUAACUUACGAAUCAGUGGUAGUCUAGACUCUCCUCCAUCAACAAUAUCUGAAACACUUAGUACAGUAAACAAUGACUUUCCAUUGGUCACUGUGGAAAUAAAUAUUUCUACCCAAUCAACUAUUACAAUAACAUCAAGCUUAGAAAUGUCUAUUUUAAUUACUUCAUCUAUGACUUCCCUUUCUCCUAACAUGUUUUCACAUAUGCUCUCUUCCUCAUCAUCAUUCUUACAUAAAUUGUCAACAACACCACUCAUCACACCAACCACUCUACCAAGUGAACUAAGUGCAUCAUUUCUAGUUGUUGGUGGAAUUAUAGUGGCAGUGGUCUGUAUAAUUCUUGUAUGUACAUGUCUACUAAUAAUAGCAUGUAUUAUUGUUUGUGUGAAGAAAAGAUCAUCUAAAAAUGAUACUAAUAUUACGGUGCAGGAUAAUCCAGCAUAUGCUCCAACUGCUGGUUUUACUAUUGGAUCUCCAACACUACAGGAUGAUCCAGCAUAUGCUAGUAUUAGUAACACCAGGA